AUUAAAUAGAUCCUGACCAGCAGGUGGCGACCGUGAGGUCACCCUCAAUGGUCAACAUUUGAAUGCGGUCAGAAGAAGAGGAGGCUGUAGAGUGACAAGAUGAUCGGCGAUCUGUUAAUUUUCUGCACGUUGUUGAUGAACGCCGGGGCGGUCUUAAACUUUAAAUUGAAAAGGAAAGAGACGCAGUCGCACGGAUUCGGCGAUGAUCCUGGACGAUCAACUACAGGUGACAACAUCCGGGAGUUUUUGCUGAGUCUGCGCUACUUCCGCAUUUUUAUAGCGCUGUGGAACAUCUUCAUUAUGUUCUGCAUGAUCUUGUUAUUCGGAUCAUAACCCACUACAUUCCCAGCCUGGACACUAACAUGAAGGACAAUCCUCAACACUUAUUUUUUCGGGAGUGGGAUGUUCAUUUCUGGCUUCACCUUCUCAAGAGCCUUAGGAGCAGGAAAUCUUUCACACAUUUCCUCUAUUUAAUCCACUAAGCCAGUGUCUCAUGGGUCAAACUAAAGGUUAUUUCGAAAGUCAUAAGGACUACUGUUGACCCUUCUGUCUCUAUCAAUGACAUGUUUAAUAAAUUUGCAUGUCAGUUGACGUGCUUGUGAUCGUCAGCAGAUGCAAAGCUUUUUUUUGUGAAUAUCAGCUGAAGGUGCAUUGGCAAAUAGAGCGGCACCCUGAAAUAAACCUUUUUUUUUCUUCUUUUUUUCAAUGUUUCUUCUGUUGAAUUAGUGACUUCAAAACUAUGAUUCUUUUGAUUAAAUACGAAAUGUUUUAAUACAAAUCAUGAUAAUUGUAUAAAAGAAGAGAUGAUGGUUUUAUUCAGUUUCAAUGCAAAAGUCAUUGUUCUCUUGAAGAAGAAAAAACACAGCCCUACUAUUAAAAAGUGACUUGCAA